AUGUAUGGUGGGUUGAUACAGGCCAAGACUAUUCAUUAUCUGAGGAAGCAGAUCUCAAGCCUCCAGCAGCAGGCAUUUAUGGCAUCAUCAAGCAGCUUUGAGUUUCUCAGUCUCAAGACUUACACACCUCCUUCAUGGGCAUCCCACCUCGACCCUAUACCUUCUCAUUUCUUCUCUCUUGCACAUCUUCCCACUCCAAUUCACAGAUGGAACCUUCCCAAUCUCCCACCCAAUACGGAAGUGUGGCUGAAGCGCGACGACCUUUCCGGUAUGCAAUUGAGUGGAAACAAAGUCAGGAAACUGGAGUUCUUGAUGGCCGAUGCUGUUGCCCAACAUGCUGAUUCUGUUAUUACCAUUGGAGGCAUUCAAAGCAACCACUGUCGUGCCACUGCCGUUGCCGCUAAGUAUUUGAAUCUCGACCCUUUUCUCAUUCUCCGCACUUCUAAGCUCCUUGUUGACCAAGAUCCCACCCUCACUGGCAAUCUACUUGUUGAGCGUUUGAUUGGAGCUCAACUUCAUCUUAUAUCCAAACAAGAAUACUCACUAAUUGGAAGUGUAACUCUUGCAAACCUCCUCAAACAAAAGUUGAUCAAUCAAGGCAGGAACCCAUAUGUUAUUCCAGUUGGCGGUUCAAACUCUCUCGGAACAUGGGGUUACAUAGAGGCUAUUAGGGAAAUUGAGCAGCAGAUUCAAAGUGGAACAAGCAAUGUCAAGUUUGAUGAUAUUGCUGUGGCUUGUGGCAGUGGGGGCACAAUUGCUGGUUUAGCACUGGGUUCAUCAUUGAGUACCUUGAAAGCAAGGGUGCAUGCAUUCUCCGUUUGUGAUGACCCAGAUUACUUCCACAACUUUGUCCAAGACUUGCUUGAUGGGCUCAAAGCCGGGGUUAACUCUAGAGAUAUUGUCCACAUACAAAAUGCCAAGGGUAUUGGCUAUGCAAUGAACACUUCUGAGGAACUUAAAUUUGUAAAAGAAAUCGCUGAAGCUACAGGGGUUGUUCUUGACCCGGUAUACAGUGGUAAGGCUGCUUAUGCAAUGGUGAAAGAUAUAAAUGAAAAUCCAAAGAAAUGGGAAGGGAGGAAGAUCCUGUUCAUACAUACGGGCGGGCUCUUAGGAUUGUAUGACAAGGUUGAUCAGCUGGGUUCUUUUGUAGGGAAUUGGCAACGAAUGGAUGUCAAUGAAUCUGUUCCUAGGAAGGAUGGAACUGGAAAGAUGUUCUAG